AGUAAGUUCUUUUGCAUUACUGUUAGAUUUUUCUAGUUAAAAUUUCUUAACAAUGUCUAGUUCUUUGGGAACAUGUUUAACGCUAGUGUACUUUGUGUUAAUUUACUGUGGGACUCAAGCUUAUUCAUUGAUAAUUCAGAAUAGAAAUAAAAUAGAUUUAUCUCAUUUGGGUGCAAGGAUGUACGGAAAACCCAGGGCAGAUGUUGGAAGAGAGGUUGACAGAUAUUACCAGAAUUUUCAAUUUGAUAAAAAUCCCGAGGAGUUGGGUCAGUAUGCAGACGGUGAUAUUCUGAUUCCAAGACCAACCCCCAAGAAUGGUGUUGUUGGGGAGAGUUAUCGAUGGCCGAAUGGAGUAAUACCUUUUGAAAUACGUGGAACAUUUAGUUCACAAGAAAUGCAAACAAUUAAAACCGCAAUUGCUGCAUACCACAAAAAUACUUGCAUAAAGUUCGUUCCUCGUAAAGAUAUCGACAAGGAUUACGUUUCCAUUCAAGCAAGUCCUAGUGGAUGUUGGUCGAGUGUCGGGCGAACAGGAGGUCAACAGAUUGUUAAUUUGCAAAGUCCUGGUUGCCUUGUGAAAGUCGGUACAGCUAUUCAUGAGCUAAUGCACGCCGUAGGAUUCUUGCAUGAACAAAAUCGUCCUGAACGCGAUGAAUUCGUUGCUAUUCAAUAUGAAAAUGUACAAAAAGGAGCCGAAGUGAAUUUUGCAAAGGCGAAAGGUGGUACGUCAAAUGGAUUUGGUGUCAGUUAUGAUUAUGGAAGUAUCAUGCAUUAUUCAAUGAAUGCAUUUUCGAGUAAUGGACAGGCGACUAUUGUGCCAUUGAAAUCAACGAGGGCGAAAAUUGGUCAGCGUGAGGACUUUUCGAGUGGAGAUAAACAGAAAAUCUGGAAUAUGUACAAUUGUAAAUCAUCGACUUCGUCGUCAGGAUUCAAGCCAGAUUUCGCAAGUGCAAUUGAAACGGUUCCCAAUAUUAUCAGCGGAUUAAUUGGACUGUUUUUUCCCGACGAAAGUGACGCCGAAGAAAUACGAAAUACGAAAUAAAUAGUUUGCUCCUUUUCCCCUGCCUAUAAGCUUUUUCGAAAAUUAUAUUAAUUCAAAAAGUCUAUUUCUCCCUAUCUAAAUCUAAAGGAUAUUUAGAUGGAUUAAUUUAAAUAUUUAUAAGGUCAAGGAUUUUUCGAAA